AAAUAUUUCAUGAUUCUAGGUAUUAUAUCUGAAUUGGAAGGGGUGAACCAUCAUGUCACUGAAAAUUCAUCAUCCUGUUGGAGAUGUUGCAAGUGGAGAUGGGAAGCAAGCCUACUUUUCUCCCUAUAUGGACAAUGGAGGGAGUACUGUGGCCAUUGCAGGGGAAGAUUAUGUCAUCAUUGCUACUGACACCAGGCUCAGUGCUGGUUUCCAAAUUUUAAGCAGGGAGCAGCCAAAGUUAUUUAGAUUGACCAAAAGCACAGUUCUGGGUUGCUCAGGCUGCUGGUGUGAUAUCCUUACUCUAACAAGGCUGAUAGAAGCCAGAAUCAAAAUGUACAACCAUGAACAUCGAAAGCAAAUGUCUACUGGAGCCAUCGCCCAGCUGCUUACAACUAUGCUGUACCAACGCCGUUUCUUUCCAUAUUAUGUCUCAAAUGUCCUAGUUGGAUUUGACGAAGAGGGGAAAGGUAUCACUUACAGCUAUGAUCCAGUUGGACAUUGCUCCAAGAGUACCUUUGUUGCAAGUGGAUCUUCUGGCGCUCUUCUUCAGCCUUUAUUGGAUAAUCAGGUUGGUCUCAAGAACCUGGAGGGAGUACAACCUGUGCCAGUAUCCAAAGAAAAAGCAUUGACAUUGAUCAAGGACACUUUUGUAUCAGCAGCAGAACGAGACAUUUACACAGGGGAUGGAAUAUUGGUAAACAUUAUCAGCAAGGAUGGGAUCGUGGAACAAACUAUUCCACUUCGCCAUGAUUGAAGACCCUUUAAGGGAAUUUCAUGAAGAAAAGAAACUUGUGUCUGUCCAAUAUUAAACAAGCAAAGCAAAGUGGAGCAAAGGCACACAUUCAUGUGGAGCUACUUUCCUUCAUGCACUUGUUAUAAUAAAUCAAUAAUAAAAAAAAACCAUCAAAGUCUAUUCUGGA